AUGGUAAGCAAGGCGUUACUGAUGGUGGCAGCACAGGACCCCGCAUGCACUCCCACAACCCCACCUCCCCAUUGGGGCGUUGAGGCCGACUCAGGGGAGGUGAAGUUUGAGGCAACGACACAACCAAGGGCACUGAGGAAAAUGGUAUUUCACAUUGGAGGGUCUUCAACUUCUGGAUUUCGCUUUCCUGAGUCACAGCACAAUCCCCUCGAGCGCAGAGUGGUGCAAAUGGGUGCCAUACAGCAGCAGAAACCGAGUCACCAGUAA